GGUCGCCCUUCUUCCCGCAGGUGCUCCUGGCCGCCGCCGUCUGCACGAAAGCGGGAAAGGCGAUCGUGUCGCGGCAGUUCGUGGAGAUGACGCGGACGCGCAUCGAGGGGCUGCUGGCGGCCUUCCCCAAGCUGAUGAACACGGGGAAGCAGCACACGUUCGUGGAGACGGAGAGCGUGCGCUACGUCUACCAGCCCAUGGAGAAGCUGUACAUGGUGCUCAUCACCACCAAGAACAGCAACAUCCUCGAGGACCUCGAGACGCUCCGGCUCUUCUCCCGGGUGAUCCCCGAGUAUUGCAGGGCGCUGGAGGAGAACGAGAUCUCAGAACACUGCUUCGACCUCAUCUUUGCUUUUGACGAGAUCGUUGCCCUCGGCUACCGGGAAAACGUCAACCUGGCCCAGAUCCGGACCUUUACGGAGAUGGAUUCUCACGAGGAGAAGGUCUUCAGGGCUGUUCGUGAAACCCAAGAACGAGAAGCUAAGGCUGAGAUGCGCCGGAAAGCCAAGGAGCUGCAACAAGCACGCAGGGAUGCCGAGCGGAGGGGCGCCAAAGCACCAGGAUUUGGGGGCUUUGGUAAUUCAGCUGUAUCAGGAGGAACCCUUGCAGCUAUGAUCACCGAAACUAUUAUUGAGUCAGACAAGCCAAAGAUGACUCCGGCUCCAACAAGACCCUCUGGUUCAAACAAGGCGCUUAAGCUUGGCACAAAAGGGAAGGAAGUGGAUAAUUUUGUGGAUAAACUAAAAUCUGAAGGCGAAAAUAUCAUUGCUUCUUCGGUUGGGAAGCGUUCCUCAGAUGCAGCAGCUGUUCUUGCUCCGCCUAUUAACAUGGAGAGCGUGCAUAUGAAGAUAGAGGAGAAAAUCUCACUGAUCUGUGGUCGGGAUGGGGGGCUACAAAACAUGGAGCUGCACGGUAUGAUCAUGCUGCGGAUCCUGGAUGAAAAGUUUGCUCGGAUUUGCAUCCAUGUUGAGAAUGAGGACAAAAAAGGUGUGCAGCUCCAGACUCACCCCAAUGUCGACAAGAAGCUUUUUAUGUCAGAGUCCUUGAUUGGCUUGAAAAAUCCAGAGAAGUCAUUCCCCAUCAAUAGCGACGUGGGAGUGCUGAAAUGGCGGCUGCAGACCACGGAGGAGUCUCUCAUUCCACUGACGAUUAAUUGCUGGCCCUCAGAAAGCGGCAACGGUUGCGACGUCAACAUUGAGUAUGAACUGCAGGAGGACAGCUUGGAGUUAAAUGAUGUGGUAAUCGCCAUCCCCUUGCCGUCUGGUGUGGGGGCCCCUAUAAUUGGAGAGAUUGACGGGGAAUACCGCCACGAUAGCCGAAAAAACCUCCUCGAGUGGUGCUUGCCAGUGGUAGAUGCCAAAAACAAGAGCGGCAGCUUGGAGUUCAGCAUUGCUGGGCAACCAAAUGACUUCUUUCCUGUGCACGUUUCCUUUGUCUCCAAGAAGAAUUUUUGCAACAUCCAGGUCACCAAAGUGACCCAGGUAGAUGGGAACAACCCUGUGAGAUUCUCCACGGAGACCACCUUCCUCGUGGACAAGUAUGAGAUCCUGUAACCCUGCUGAAGGGAAGCAGCAAGCAAGGCCAGGGCUGUGCUAUUUAGAGAAAGAGCUGCAGCCUUCAGCAUCAGGGAACGUUGACAUUCGUUUGCCCGCUGACCUUAUUUCCUGGGUCCUGGCUACUCAGGCAGGGAGAGGCUGCCUGCUUCUCUGGCACAGCUGCCCCACCUAGGCAGGCGCCUCCUCCCCCACACCCAUCCCUUUUGUUCAUGGAGGGUAUCCCUGGAUGCCCUGCUGGUUCCAGCUGAUUACACCAAUGCAGCAGCAAGGAGACCGCUAGCAUGGGAGGGAAACGGGGGCCAGCAGGCCCUCCCUUUUCCAGUGCUCUGCAGACCUUGCCGAUCAAUCUGAUCCCGAACGAGGGUGGAGGAAGCUUUCAUGCUUGUGCAGCUCUCGCCUGAAAGCUCCUCCCUUCUCUUACCGUUUUCUUGAACUCAGUGCCCAUCCAGAAAAAUAAGGAGCAGCUUUUUCUCUGGGUUUGAGAUCCUGGAAAUCUUGGUUCAGGGGAGGGCCAGCACUGGGCCCCUUGAACGCAUUGGGUUGUGCUCGCCUGCUGGAGAAGACACCGGCCUCUCCCAUGCCCCCGCUUUUCUAAUGUGACUCUUUCCAAAGUGCCCUGGGUGGGGGCUCUGAAUCAUACUGAUUGGAGAUUUGUCUGUCUGAUUUUUAAAAUGGGGUUCAAUUUAAUUCUAUUGUCAAAUGCAAUUUAUUCUCAAAUUAUAUUGAGGGUGACACUGAAAUAAGGUUUUGGAACCCUGUAAAAUAAUUAGUUACAGUCUGUAUAACACAUUCCAGUGUAUGCGAAGAAUCGUUGCUCCUAAAUCCAAUAAAGAGUAUUCUAAAAGGAAA